UCCUCAGUAAGAGAGCAGAGACUCGCCGGCCCGGGCCAGGGCAGUCCCACGCCCCUGCCGCUGCGCAUGCGCCUUGGGGUGGUCGGCCGGCCGGGAGGCGGGGCCAAAGGACAGAUUUUCUUCUGGCCCCGCCCCUCUCCUUCCCCCACCUGCCACGUCCCGGGCCUGAGCUCUCGCCGCGUCUGGUGGGUCCGCGCGAUUGGCCGGGGCCCGCGCGAUUCUACGAACGCGGCGCGGCGGCUGCGGAGGGCGGCGGAGUGGGCCUGAGCGCAGCCACCCGGACGCCCGAGAGCUCGGCGGCGAAGACCCGCGGAGAGGCGCCAGCGCGGCCUCGGCCAGCCGGCUGCAAGGCCCACAAGAUGGAAUCUUCACCAUCUUGUUGAAGUAAUCAUACUUCAGAGUUUGGAACAUAGCAGGUAUUCCAGUAAAAUUUUCCUGAAUGGAGAAGUCAGGUUUGGCUGACACUGUUUCUCUAGAAUUGUAUAUGUCAGACAUCCUGGAGUCCACCAUGAAUGGGCAGUUGGACCUAAGUGGGAAGCUAAUCAUCAAAGCUCAACUUGGGGAGGACAUUCGACGAAUUCCCAUUCAUAAUGAAGAUAUUACUUAUGAUGAAUUAGUGCUAAUGAUGCAAAGAGUUUUCAGAGGAAAACUUCUGAGUAAUGAUGAAGUUAUCAUAAAGUAUAAAGAUGAAGAUGGAGAUCUUAUAACAAUUUUUGAUAGUUCUGAUCUUUCCUUUGCAAUUCAGUGUAGUAGGAUACUGAAACUGACAUUAUUUGUUAAUGGCCAACCAAGACCCCUUGAAUCAAGUCAGGUGAAAUAUCUCCGUCGAGAGCUCAUAGAACUUCGAAAUAAAGUGAAUCGCUUAUUGGAUAGCUUGGAACCACCUGGCGAACCAGGACCUUCCACCAGUAUUCCUGAAAAUGAUACUAUGGAUGGGAGGGAAGAAAAGCCUGCUGCUUCUGAUUCUUCUGGAAAACAGUCUACUCAGGUUAUGGCAGCAAGUAUGUCAGCUUUUGAUCCUUUAAAAAACCAAGAUGAAAUCAGUAAAAAUGUCAUGUCAGCGUUUGGCUUAACAGAUGAUCAGGUUUCAGGGCCACCCAGUGCUCCUGCAGAAGACCGUUCAGGAACACCUGACAGCAUUGCUUCCUCCUCCUCCGCAGCUCAUCCCCCCGGAGUUCAGCCACAACAGCCACCGUAUACAGGAGCUCAGACACAAGCAGGUCAGAGUGAAGGUCAGAUGUAUCAACAGUACCCACAGCAGGCUGGUUAUGGUGCUCAGCAGCCACAGGCACCACCUCAGCCAGCACAGCAGUAUGGCAUUCAGUAUUCAGCAGGCUAUAGUCAGCAGACUGGACCCCAGCAACCUCAGCAGUACCAAGGAUAUGGCCAGCAAGCAACUUCCCAGGCACAAGCUGCUGCAUUUUCUGGUCAGCCUCAACAACUGCCUGCUCAACAGCCACAGCAGUACCAGGCGAGCAGUUACCCUCCACAUACUUACGCCACCCAAACUUCUCAGCCCACUAAUUACACUGUGGCCCCUGCCUCACAACCUGGAAUGGCUCCAAGCCAGGCCGCAGCCUAUCAACCAAGACCAGGUUUUACUCAGUCUGCAAGUACCAUAACCCCUCCGCCAAGUGGGGCUAACCCGUAUGCACGUAACCGUCCUCCCUUUGGUCAGGGCUAUACUCAGCCUGGACCCGGUUAUCGAUAAAGAGCUCAGCUACAUUGGUGAAAUGUAGCUGCUACCUAUUUGCCUCCCAAAAGACUCCAAUACUGUUAUUUUAAUUUGUAUUGAAGUUCAGAAAUUUAAAAAGCAGAGCAUUUUUUAUGGUAUCAUUGUUGCUGUUAAUUGAGAGUAUAACUUGCUAGAACACAACAAAAGACCAAAAUGAAAAUUAUUUCCUCCCCUGCUUAAAAGUGUAGCAGCUUCCUAGUAAUUUUGGAACACUACUCUAUGUGUGCAAAGUGAUUGACUUUCUAGCUUGCCUUGUCCAGAGGUUAUUAAAAUGCUAGGUUGAAAUUUAGCCAUCUCAUUUGGCUUUGUACUAUUAACAUGAUGUACUAAAAAUAGAUCUCUUUGAAAAGACAACUAGAUAUUAUGUAUAAAAUGUAAUAACAUUGAUAGGUUAAUAAAGAUGAUUGAAUCAA